AUGUGGGACGACGAGGAUAACAACCCAUACGGCUCGUUCAAGCGACGCGACUCGGAGGGCUCCGACGCUCCCGGUUUCCGUCAAGCACCUUCCACACCGCCUUCAGGAUCCAGCAGUCCACAGCAGUCAACACCCGAGUAUCACCGUCCAGAGUCGACGUACCAUGACGAGCCCUUUGGCCAAGAGCACCAAGAGAGUGACGAUCAAGACGACGAAGAGCAGAAUGUUUCGGCUUCGCAACGAAUCGAGCCCAAGAAAGGAGGCUAUCACAGUCGCAUUGAGCAGAUUCUCUACGAAAACCCCGAUCUAGACAUCCAGAUUGUGCACGCUGGGAAGAACACCGAGGGUGGAGGCAGCUACAUUACCUAUACCAUCCGCACUGGAGACAUCGAGGUUCGACGACGAUACAGCGAGUUUGCGUCGUUGAGAGCAACUCUGGUCGCAUUGCACCCAACGCUUAUCAUCCCGCCAAUCCCCGAGAAACACUCGAUAACAGACUACGCUUCCAAGCCGACGAAAGCAAAGGAAGAUGUCGGCAUCAUUGAGCUGAGACAGCGCAUGUUGACCACCUUCCUCAACCGCUGCCGUCGCAUGCAAGACGUGCGUGAGGACAAUGUUUGGUGGCGCUUCCUCGAUCCCAACGCCAGCUGGAACGAGGUCCUGCACUCUCACCCUGUCGUCAACAUCCCCAAGAACAACCUCAAGGCUCCUCCCCUCGAUCCUGCCAACCCAUCUCCUGGUCACAACUUCCUACCCGUACCUUCAUCUUCGGCCAAAUUACGCUCAGCAGCAAACGCUUCUGCAUCAGGCACCCCAGGUUCACCCCCACUUCAACAGCCUUCAGUCGCUGCCCAUUCUUCUCCCGGCCCUCAAGUCUUUGGACGCUUCCCUCCAGACUCCCAACACUUAUCCGAAGAAGAUCUCGACCCGUACUUUGUUCAGUUUGAGAACUCGUCCCGCGAGUUGGAGGCUCUGCUGCAAGGCUCUAUGGAAAAGGUCAACCAGCGAACUUUGUCACACCUCUACAGACUCGGCGACGACCUGAUGGAGUUGGGAGGUCGCUACAAUGCUUUCUCCCUUUCCGAGCAAUCUGCCGAAGUCGCUGCUGCAAUCGAGAAAAUCGGUCAGGCAUGUGACUUUACCUACAUCCAAACACGUGAUCUGUCCAGCGCUUUGUCUGCUCAAUUUGCUGAGCCGAUGCGUGAGAGUGCUCAAUUUGCCGGUAUCGUCAAGGGUGUUCUGCGAUACAGAGUCUUGAAACGUGUUCAACAAGAGAUGACUCGGGAAGAACUUGACAGAAAGAGGGGCAAUCUCGACUCCCUCGAGAAAAGCGAAGCCGAAGCUAAGCGCAUUGAGCAAUAUCUCCACAACUCUGGUUCUUCACCACCUCAACGUAGCAUGAGCACAGGCAGUAACGCUGCUAGACGCAACCCUGCUAGAGACCAACUACCUAGACGUGCAGAAGACGACACAGCGAGCAUCGACUCAGACUUCCCUCCAACCAUGGGCAGUGCUCCAAGCGCCGCUCAAGGAUCCCCACAACAAGAUCAAUCUCACAGCCCUACGCAACAUAAGAGAGGCGCUAGCGGUAACUUUGUGACGAACAAGAUCUUUGGACGCCUCACUCAUGCCUACCACAACGUCGUGGACACAGAUCCAGAGCGCGUGAGAAGAGAUCAGAUCGGCAAGACGAGAGAAAGCUUGACUCAGCUCGAGCAAGCUUUGGAAGUUUCUGAGAAGGACGUCAAGGACGCUAGUGGUGCCGUGCUCAAGGACCUGAAGCGCUUCCAGAGCGACAAGGAAGAGGACUUGAGGAAGUACAUGGUGAGCACUUUUCCGUAUGCUAACAAUACCUCUCAGCUCGCAUUUGCACGUUGUCACAUCGAUUGGGCACAACGCAGCUUGGAGACAUGGGAGGAGGCCAGGGUGGAAGUUAACAAGAUUCCUGUCUUGGAGCCUAGGUGA